AACCGCAACCAUCUCAUUCCCUCUUGUUCCUGUGCUGACACGCAUGGACCACAACCACAACAUACUCCUCUAAAGCUUCUACCUUUAUCCGAAUCCCAUCUUCCUCUUCCCACGUUUUUUGCUACCAUGCCUCUUCUUCUACUCGCUGGAACACCAACUUGGUCACUUGCUCCAAUUCCUCGCCAUCACCACCACCACAACAACAAACAUCUAAUCACAGCCUCGCAAAAGCACUUUCCUUUUCCUUCAAAGCGAACCCUUCUAUUCCCUCCCUGCAGGCGCAUUCUAGCAGCUCCUCCUCCGAAGUCCGCGUCCAUCAAUGGAGUAUCCGUUCAGAAAAAUCCAGAAGGUUCCAGAGAACUCAAUGCUGCUGAGUUUAUGGAGAGAAUUCGCAAGUGGGUGGAGUUGCUUCCUUCUAUUUUGCCCGGCGGCACGUGGUGGGACUUCUCCGACGACGUCGACGUUCAGGUCAUGGCUCAGCCGGUGACCGUGUGGAGUGCUCUCAACAAAAUGUGGGACCUUGUUUCUCGUGACAGAUGGGUCAUUUUCGCUGCUUUCUCUGCUCUGAUUGUCGCUGCAGUUUCGGAGAUUUCCAUACCACACUUUUUGACCGCAUCCAUAUUCUCGGCACAGGGUGCGGACCUUACUGUUUUCCAUCGGAAUGUGCGCCUGUUGGUUCUGUUGUGUGUGACUUCGGGAAUAUGCAGGUCAAAAUCUUGUAUGGUCUUAUCUCCCUUCUACUUGUUGACAGUGAUAUAAUUCUUUUUGCCCUUUGGUUCUUAACUAUGGUUGCUGAAAGAGCCUUACAUAAAGAACGCAAUGGAUUUGCUCUCUAAUCCAUAUGGCUCUCCUUUGUGUGUGUGAGUGAUGUUGCAGAUAAUGCAUUAUGCCUUUGGGAUACGAGGUUGCUGUUUUGGCAUUGCGAACAUGAUUCUGGUUAAGAGAAUGAGAGAAACAUUAUACUCUUCCCUUCUUCUUCAGGAUAUAUCAUUUUUUGACAAUGAAACAGUAGGUGAUUUGACCAGUAGGCUUGGUGCGGAUUGUCAACAAGUGUCAAGGGUUAUUGGAAAUGAUCUUAACUUGAUAUUGCGCAACGUACUUCAGGGUGGAGGUUCAUUAAUCUACUUGUUGAUUUUAUCUUGGCCACUUGGUUUGUGUACAUUGAUGAUAUGCUCCAUAUUAGCAGCAGUCAUGUUACAUUAUGGAAGGUACCAGAAAAAGGCAGCUAGGUUAAUCCAAGAAGUGACUGCUUCUGCAAAUGAUGUAGCUCAAGAGACAUUCUCUCUUAUUAGAACUGUUCGAGUUUAUGGAACAGAAGAAGAAGAACUUGGAAGGUAUAAAUGGUGGCUGGGGAAAUUAGCUGACAUAAGCUUGCGACAAAGUGCCGCAUAUGGUGUUUGGAAUUUUAACUUCAACAUUCUUUACCAUUCAACUCAGGUUAUCGCUGUGCUAUUUGGAGGAAUGUCUAUUCUUGCGGGUCAUAUUACAGCGGAGAAACUUACUAAGUUUAUACUAUACAGUGAAUGGUUAAUUUAUUCAACCUGGUGGGUGGGAGAUAAUAUAUCCAAUUUGAUGCAAUCAGUUGGAGCUAGUGAAAAAGUAUUCCACCUAAUGGAUCUCUCACCUAGCAACCAAUUCAUAGAAAGAGGGGUAAAGUUGCAGAGAUUAACAGGGUACAUUGAGUUUCUAAAUGUAUCUUUUCACUAUCCUUCAAGACCAACGGUAUCUGUAGUGCAACAUAUAAACAUUGUUGUCCAUCCUAGCGAGGUGGUUGCAAUUGUUGGUCUUAGUGGAAGUGGUAAAAGCACAUUGGUGAAUCUUUUGCUCCGACUCUAUGAGCCUACAAAUGGUCAGAUUUUGAUAGAUGGUAUCCCUCUUAAAGACUUGGACGUCAUGUGGUGGAGAGAGAGAAUUGGAUAUGUGGGACAGGAACCCAAACUCUUCCGGAUGGAUAUUAGUUCAAACAUCAGAUAUGGAUGUACCCGAGAUGUAAAGCAGGAGGAUAUUGAGUGGGCUGCGAAGCAGGCUUAUGCCCAUGACUUUAUCUCAGCACUUCCCCAUGGUUAUAAAACAGUUGUUGAUGAUGAUCUGUUAAGUGGGGGACAAAAGCAGCGGAUUGCUAUUGCUAGGGCCAUUCUUAGGGACCCAAAAAUAUUGAUCCUUGAUGAAGCCACUAGUGCACUAGAUGCUGAAAGUGAACAUAAUGUCAAGGGUGUUCUUCGAGCUGUUAGAAGUGAUUCUGCAACGAGGAGAAGUGUCAUAGUCAUUGCACACAGGCUUUCUACCAUACAGGCAGCUGACAGGAUUGUGGUGAUGGAUGGUGGUCAAGUAGUUGAGAUUGGAAGUCACAGGGAACUUCUCUUAAAAGAUGGUUUAUAUGCACGGUUAACUAGAAAACAAGCUGAUGCCGUGGCAUGAUUUGGGUUUCCAUAUAGCAGAUAUUCUAUUUUUCUUGUGGCUUCUUUUCAAAGGCAGUAAAGUGAGACAGCAACCUUUUUUUACUGUUGCUGACUCGUGUAUUUAUAGCAUUAUACAAAACAAUUGAUGAAACUUCUUCGCAAAGAAUGGAGCUGCACAAGUUUUUGUUUAAAAUGCAUGGCGGCUUCAGAAAGAUUUCACACUAUCAGGUUCUAAGGCAGAUGCAAAAGCAUGAAACUAGGUUGAAUUGGGGGUCUUCAUCGUCAAGAUGCUGAAAAGUCAGAUGUACUCUGUCAUCCUUGUAGUGACCAUAUAGAAUGUUCAUUUUAUAGCUGUAAUUUAAAUGUUUAGCACUUGAAGACAUUUGAUUUGAAGAAUGCCACUUGCCCAUGUUUGAUGGCACUUCAUACUCAUGCUGAAGUAUAUAAAAUUUGACUUUUCAAUAUU